AUGGCUGGGGGAAUUAAAGACAAACUCAAGAAACGCGAGCGCUUUUUUGCGGCUCUGCGUCGGCAUAUGCAGUUUCUGGAGGGUUAUAAUCCGGACACACAGUAUGGGCACGUUCAGUCAAGGCUGGACAAGUUAGAGGAAUCUUGGGAAGAAUUCAACGAGUUGCAAGAAGAGAUUUGCGAGUUGGAUACAGAGGGUGAGCUUGAGCAGGAUACGAAUAAUGCGUUUGCAGUAUUCGAAAAUCAGUAUUACGAGAUUCGUGCUGCUUUGCUGGGGAAAUUGGUACCUGCCCAACCAGUACCAAAUUUGGAUAACUCCAUUCGGAACACUAGUGCAUUGGGAAUGCACACGGGGGUUCGCUUGCCACAAAUAUCGUUACCUGAGUUUGAUGGGGAUUACAAAGGGUGGCUGUCAUUCAAGUCCACCUUCGUCUCGCUCAUUCAUGACUCACUGGAGCUCAGCGAUGUGCAGAAAUUUCAUUAUUUGAAAUCUGCCUUGAAAGGGGAGGCGGCCAAGUUGAUCGAGUCGUUAACCAUCACUAACGACAACUACGCCAUAGCAUGGGAUACUAUCACGAAGCGGUAUUCAAAUGAGUAUCUGUUGAAGAAACGGCAUCUUCAGGCACUCAUGGAAUUCCCAAAAAUUGAUAAGGAAUCGGCGGUGCGGAUUCACGGUUUGGUGGACGAAUUCGAUCAACGACUAAAGAUAUUAAAGCAGCUGGGCGAAAAAACCGAACACUGGGGAGCGAUGAUUGUGCAUUGGAUGUGCUCGAAGCUGGAUAAUCACACUUUGCAACUGUGGGAGGACCACGCGGCAUCACUACGGGAUCCAACUUUCACAGCGUUGACGGACUUUUUGGAGAAACGGACGAGGGUUUUGGAUGCUGUACAAUCGAACUGUAGUAAGACCAUCAGCGUGCAGCAGAAGGUGUUCGUGAAACGGGAACGGUUAGCAGUACAUGCGUCAAUGGAAAGUGGGAGAAGUGAUCCUGUGUGUCAAUGCUGCGGCGAGCAGCAUUAUUUGGUGAAGUGUUCAAAGUUCCAGAGUUUCGGGCUGAAGGAGAAAUUGGACUUUGUCAACAGCAAGCGAUUGUGCAGCAAUUGUUUCAAGUCCGGUCACUGGGUCCGGGAUUGCAGUUCGAAGUUCAGCUGCAGGACGUGCGGAAAGAAGCAUAACUCCCUCAUCCAUCCCGGGUUUCAAUCCAGCAGCGGAAGCAACGACUCCGAGGGCAAUACUCCGGCCGGCAACGCAACAAGGAAGAAUAAUGCAACUAGGACGCAUGUUGUAACGGAAUCAGUGGAAGAUAAUCAAAGGGAAACCGAGGAAAAUGGUUCGACUGGAUCGUAUAGCAUUGGAACGAAGCAGGGAAGCGUAGGUUCAAGCGUGUUUCUGUCUACGGUGGUGGUAAAGGUACGCGAUCAGUACGGGGGAAGCCAGCUGGCUCGUGCGUUGCUGGACAGUGGAUCGCAGGUGAACGUGAUGAGUGAGAGACUAUGCCAAAUGCUCAAACUCAAGCGGCGAACAAUAUGUGUUCCAAUAACAGGAGUUGGACAAUCGGAAUCGACAGCGAAACAUGCCGUCAACGCAACGGUGAGUUCCAGAACCACGGACUAUACGGUUGGAUUGGAUUUCUUGGUGUUGCAACGAGUGACUGCAGAAUUACCUUCGACAACAGUUCCGAUUUCUCAUUGGAAAAUCCCAAAUAAUCUCCAACUGGCAGAUCCUCAGUUCAACGUCAGUGGCCGCAUCGAUCUGUUACUUGGUGUUGAACACUUCUUCAACUUUUUGUACGAGAGAGAGAUGAAACGGAUUUCUCUGGGUCCCGAGUUACCCGUGCUCGUAGAUUCGGUAUUUGGAUGGAUCGUGGCUGGCAGGGAUGGAAGUCUACAGCAGAAGCUAUCAGUUCGUUGCUGCACGACAACAACGGUCGGAAAUCUGGAAGAAUUGCUGGAACGGUUUUGGAAAGUGGAAAGUUGCGACGAUCAACCGGCAUGGUCCAAGGAAGAGCAGGAUUGCGAAGAGGAUUUUAAGCGUACUCAUUCGAGGGCGCAGGAUGGACGAUACAUCGUACAGUUGCCGAAGCAUGUCGGUUUCGAACAGAUGUUGGGCAACUCGGAGGUUUCAGCGCUGGAAAGAUACCGGAAACUGGAAAACCGUUUGGAAAGGAACUCUGCCAUGAAGGAUCAGUAUCACGCAUUCAUGAGAGAAUACCUGGAAUUAGGACACAUGAGGAGGAUAUCGGAAGCGGAAUUACAAGCAGAAGCUACGGGAACGGUUCAACGGAAGGUUUUCUACUUGCCGCAUCACGCGGUACUCAAAGAAGCAAGCACAACAACCAAGGUGCGCGUCGUCUUCGAUGCGUCGGCGCAAACGGACAACGGCUACUCUCUCAACGACGUACUUCUGAAGGGGCCUGUAAUUCAGGACGAUCUUUUGAAUCUGCUUAUUCGCUUUCGCAAGCACGAAGUGGCACUUGUGGGAGAUGUGGAGAAAAUGUACAGGCAGGUUCGGCAGGACAACAACGACACUCUUCGCCUUCGAAUAUUUUUUCGCUUCUCCAAAGAUGAACCAAUUGACAGCUACGAGCUGCUUACCGUGACGUACGGGCUGAAACCAUCAUCAUUUUUGGCAACCCGUGCUCUAAAACAGUUAGCUGUCGAUGAAGGUUCGGAGGACUCCCCAGCAAGCGCUGCUUUGGAAAAGGAUUUUUACGUGGACGACUACAUCGGAGGUGCCACAUACGUGGAGGAAGCCAUCGGUCUGCGCGAGGAAUUAACGUCGUUGAUGGCGAAAGGAGGAUUCCCAAUACGGAAAUGGUGCUCAAAUCGCCCGGAAGUCUUGGCUGGAGUUCCGGAAGAUCAGUUGGGAACAAAUCUUUCCAUAACCUUUGAAUUGCACCCAGACGAAAGGAUCAAAACCCUUGGGAUUACUUGGGAGCCGAAAGCUGAUCAACUUCGGUUCCUGUUCAGCACGGACGAUCAUGAAGAAACAUGGACUAGGAGGAAGAUUUUAUCUUCAAUUGCCAAGCUGUUUGAUCCGCUUGGAUUGAUUGCUCCUGUAGUGGUGACUGCCAAGAUAAUCAUGCAGGAGCUGGCUUUACUACAAACCGGAUGGGAUGCCCCGGUGCCAUCACAGUUGGAGCAGAAAUGGAAAACUUUUCAUCGCUGUUUAGACAAGCUGGCCGAAUACAGCAUCCCAAGAUUUGCUUUUAUUACGGAUUACGUCGACAUUCAGUUCCACUGCUUCGCCGACGCCUCGGAAUUUGCUUACGGAGCUUGUUUAUACGUUCGCUCUGUCGAUCGCUACGACAACGUACGCAUAGAACUUCUUUCAGCCAAGUCUCGUGUUGCACCAUUGAAACGGUUGACAAUACCGAGAUUGGAGCUUUGCGCGGCCAGAGAAGCUGCACGUCUGCAUCAGACCGUUGUCAAGGCUCUGGCACUGGACGACGUUCAAUCAUUUUUCUGGUCGGACUCAACCGUUGUUUUGCACUGGUUGAAAGCUCCACCAAAUACGUGGAAAACCUUCAUCGCCAAUCGUGUUUCCAGUAUCCAGACUACAACAUUUGGACAUUCAUGGCAGCAUCCAAUGGGACAGCUCCCAUCCGUCCGAGUACGCCCAGCUCGUCCUUUCCUUAUAACUGGCGUCGACUACUGCGGACCCUUCUAUUUGAAGCCCCCACACCGGCGAGCAGCUCCACCGAAAGUUUACAUCGCUGUUUUUAUAUGCUUCACGACAAAGGCCAUUCAUCUUGAGCUGGUCAUGGACCUCUCGUCAGCUGGAUUCAUCUCUGCGCUUCGUAGAUUCGUCGGCCAUCACGGAAUCCCGAAGGAAAUCCAUUCCGAUAAUGCGACAAAUUUUCAAGGUGCGAAGCAUGAGUUACACGACCUAUACCGACUGUUGAACAGCAAGGUAAACCAGACGGCUAUUGGAGCCGAAAUGUCACAGCAAGGAAUUUUGUGGCAUUUUAUUCCACCCCGCGCUCCCAAUUUUGGAGGACUUUGGGAGGCAGCAGUCCGCUCCUCCAAAACUGCUCUGAAGAAGGAAAUUGGGUCACACCAACUGACCCACGAUAACUUCUGCACCCUGCUGGUACAAAUUGCAGCUGCCCUUAACUCAAGACCUCUUUGCCCUUUGUCAGAUGACCCCACUGACAUGAAUGCCCUCACACCAGCCCAUUUCUUAAUCGGGACGUCAAUGAAAUCCCUCGCCGACCCCGAUUUCACAGCCAUACCCUCGAACCGCCUGACCCACUAUCAGCAACGACAGCAGAUGUUUCAACGUUACUGGCAGCGCUGGAGCCAAGAAUAUCUCACCGGGCUUCAGCAAGCGACCAAGCACCUUCAACCAAGUCCCAUCCGCAUCGGUAGCAUCGUGGUAGUUCGAGAGGACAAUAUACCUCCGCUGGACUGGCCAUUAGCCCGGAUAACCGAGAGCAAAGGCGAAAAUGAGUUGUGCUUGUGCAGCGAGCCCGCCCGAGUGAUGAUGGAAGAAGCCUUGUCCUGUUUCGUUUGCCACUGCUCUGCCGGAGUGCUAGGAGAUUACAUGUGCUCUCAAGUAGGUGGUAGAAAAACCUCUUCCACCCGCCGGGACGACAAUCUGCUUAGCAGCUUGGAUCUCGGAUCUCGGAUCUCGGAACCGGAAGAAGUGGGACGAAAUUGCUGGCGAAAGAAGUAA